CCUCCAGAAACGGCUCCACGCAUCCACAGCCCACCUCGCCGCCCUCGCAGACAUCUACAAGCAGCGCGCAGCCAUCGAGGCGGCCUACGCAGACGGCCUCCACAAGCUCGCACGCACAGCAGAGCAGGGCGGCCUCACGGGCAAGGCCGGCAAUGACUGGCCAAGGGGCAGCGCCGAGGCCCGCCUGUGGGACAGCGUCGUCUCCGAGCUCGCAGAGACAUCCGCCUCCCACUCGACCCUAUCCGCCAUGCUGAGGACAGACUUUGAGCAGCCGAUCCGCGAGAUCCCCAACAAGGUCGUCGCAUGGCGCCGCAUCGGCGACCAGGACGCCAACCUCGACAAGACGCUCAGAGACUAUGAAAAGGUCUCCGCCAAGCUCGAAAAGGCGUCGUCCAAGUCCAAGUCGAGCAAGGUCGACGCCCUCCAGUCCGACAUCAACAACAUCACCCACGCGCUCUCCUCGCUCUCGCCCAUGGUGUACACGACGUACCAGCGACUGGACGAAGAGCGGCUCCGUGCGCUCAAGGAGAUCAUCGUCAGGUGGGCCACCGUCAAGGGCGACAUGGCUUCCAGAGACGGACAGAGGGCGGAAGCCAUCGUUUCCCACCUCCUCCAGUGGGAGACGAGCGACGAAGUCAUGGACGUCGGGCGAAAGCUGGGUGCGAUCGGCGGUGCUCGCGUCCCAGAGCGAUCCGCCUCGGUCGCUACUUCCGCCACCACUCCCCAAUCGAAUCGCCGACUUUCUGCCGUUACAUCUACCACCGCAACCCACGGCGACUUUUCGCCCCGUCCUCCCGCUGCCCGCGCCAACGGUUCUUCGACCAAUGUCAGUCAGGGUACGCCCGGCUCUUCCUUCACCGGCGGUUUCAAAUCCAUGCUUGCACGGUCAAAGACUGUGGGUGGAGGCAGGAACAGGGGCGAGAGUGAUGCUACUUCUACACGAAGCGGUACCAGAGGCGACAAUUUUGAAGCCAUCGGAGAGGAAGCUCCCCAGCUGAGAGAAUCUUCAACUGCACCUCCAGUUGACGAAGAGGGAUUCUCCGUCGCUCCUUCCGACCGUCACCGAAACCCUUGGGAAGACCCCAACGAGCUUAUCCCCACGCCGGCUGGUCAGACUGUUCCAUCUCAAGCCCAAGCUCCGGUCGUCCCCACCAAAGAGGCUCCCGCUUCCGCACCUGCAUUCAGCCAACCAUUCGACUCUUCUCCCAACGCUUCCGACGAAAACCUCUCCACUCCCACAUCUUUGCAGCAGCAGCCUUUCAAAAACCUCUCCCUCGCACCUCUGCCUAUCCAGGAGAGCGAAGAAGAACGUCGAGCAGCUUUGGAAAAGAUGCAGAAAACGCUGCAGCUUCCGCCUUCUCAGCCUUCUAGACGGUCUACGAUUGCGCGAGGGAGGAGGGAUGUGAGGAACACGAUGUUUGCAGGGUCGACGGAUGAAGCGACCGCAGCUUCCAAUGCGGUCUUUGGUGCCGGUGCCGUCGCUGCAGGUGGAUUCGCAAACGGGGCGUCUAAAUCGGCUGAACCAGAGGAGAAACUCGUCGAUUCACCUACCUCUACCGUCCACACCGGUGUAUCCCUCCCUCACGACAUGCCGUCUCCAUCACCCAUCGCCGCCCGUCGAACUUCCCUUUCAUCCGUCACUUCCAACAAUCCCUUUGAUUCGCCCACCAUCGGGCUCGGCGGUACGAUGACCCCGCCGAUCAACCUCCACACCACAACGCCUCUCUCCGCCGCCGCCGCCGCGGACCAACCCGGUUUGCGCGCACACGUCAACGAAUCGAUCAAUGUCAUCUUCCGCAACAAGCAGGUCCAGCGGAUCCACAUUACAGGCGAGAUCCACCUCAGUCUUCGAGCAAAGGAUGCUUCGUCGUCGUCGCCUUCCGCCCUUCCCGGUGGACCGAUCCAUAUCCGUCUCGCCGCGUUUGAGCACCUCGAGAAAAUCGCGCCCAACCCGGCGUACCUCGCCCAAGUGCCCGAUAAGCCGGGAGAGUAUUUCCUAAACUCGGACGUCCUCGCUGCUGCCACCACCGCCAGAGGGUCCGCCGCGGGCCCCCUGCUGUUCAAGUACGUCGUCCAUGUCCAGCCGGGCAAAGAACUGGCUACGGCCCCGUUGAUCCUUGAUCCGGUGUUCCAAUGCAAGUCGGGCGAGACGAGGAUGAUUUUACAUUACAGUGCGAACCCGUCGUCUCCCCUCGCCACCACGGGCACACAGCUGGGUAGCGCCACCGUUGUAGCCGCGUUUACGCCCGGUGGACCGAGCGUGAGCAACGUCCAGGCGAAACCGGCAGGAGGCGUGUGGUCCCCCUCGACGAGGAGGAUGACGUGGAAAAUGGAUUCGUUGUUGGGCACCACCGGAGGCAAGGUGAUUGCCAAAUUCACAAGUGAACCGGGACAAGAAGCCUUGGUACCGCAGGUCGUACAAGUGUCGUGGGCGGCGGAAGGGUCGUUGAUCAGCGGUCUGGGGCUCGACGUGGUGGAUGGAGAGUUGGAAGGGAAUCAGUGGGUGUUUGAGGAGAUUCGGAAAAGUACGACGACGGGCAAGUAUUUGGCCGAACCGGUUGUUACUCCAUAAGUUUUAUAUAUAUAUUACACCCUCGAAAAGUAGUAAAAAAAAAAACACAAUUGGUCAUAAUUUCUUUCACUUUUUCCUCUUGCAAUGCAGAUGGUCUU